AUGUACCCAAACCUGAACAGGACAAUAAGAAGAAAAGAUGCCAGAAAGUCGGCCAAGAAAGACAAAGACCCAGUGAGCAAAUCUGAAGGCAAAGCCAAAAAGAAAAAGUGGUUCAAAGGCAAAGUUCAGCACAUGCUCAAUAUGCUUGUCUUGUCUGAGAAAGCCACAUGGGACGAACUCUGUAAAGAUGUUCCCAACUAUAAAGGUUAUAACCCCAGUUGUUGCCUGAGACUGAAAUUCGUGGUCCCUGGCCAGGGAAGUCCUUCAGGAGCUCCUUAUAAAGGACUUACGAACUGGUUUCAAAAGAGAGCUCAAGUAAUUUACACUAGAAGCACCAAAGGUGGAGACGUUCCAGCUGCUGGUGAAGAUGCAUGA